AUGAUCCUUUUUUCUCUCUUCCUUCUCACUCAAGUCGGUUCCUUAACAUUACCGGCCAACAACUUUACUGCUGUGGAAGAUCACUUGCACCAUUUCAACCGCUUCCAAUUAAAGUUUGUCAAAUACUACCCAUCCAAAGAAGAACACCGCUUUAGAUUCGGUGUCUUUAAGUCAAACCUCAUGAGAGCCAAGCGGAACCAAGAGCUUGAUCCUUAUGCUGUUCACGGAGUGACAAAGUACUCCGACCUAACGGAAGCUGAGUUUCGUAGGAAGCUUCUCGGCACUAAAGAAAGUUUCAACUUUUCGUCUCACGCUCGAAACGCUGCAAUCCUUCCUGCCAACUAUCUUCCAGAGAAUUUCGAUUGGCGUGACAAUGGAGCUGUCACUCCUGUUAAAGAUCAAGGCUACCAGUGUGGCUCUUGCUGGGCUUUUGGUGCGAUGGGAGUUUUAGAAGGAGCUCACUAUCGAACAAAUAAAAAACUUCUAAUACUUAGCGAGCAGCAGCUUCUGGACUGUGAUCAUCUGUGUGAUCAGGAGAAAUUUAGACUAUGUGACACUGGGUGCAUGGGUGGGUUGGCCACCAAUGCAAUUGAAUAUUUAUUACAUUCUGGAGGAGCAAUGCGAGAAAAAGAUUAUCCUUACCUGAAAAGAAAUGCCUCAUGUAAAUUUGACAAAACCAAAAUUGCAGCUUCUAUUUCUAACUUUAGUAUGAUUUCCACCGAUGAAAGCCAAAUAGCUGCAAAUCUAGUUAAAAAUGGCCCUCUCUUAGUUUCUAUCAAUGCAGAUAUGUUGAAGACAUAUACUAGCGGUAUCUCUUGCCCAAACAUAUGCGAUAAAUACGGUUUAAAUCAUGAUGUUCUCCUAAUUGGUUUUGAGAAAGAUGCAUGGAUUCUUAAGAAUUCAUGGGGAGCGAAUUGGGGUGAGGAAGGAUUCUUCCGACUUUGUCGUGGUAAAAAUAUAUGUGGCAUGAAUUUUUGGGUAAUGUCGGUAGAUGCUGCCAUUAAGGAUGCGGGUGAUUACAAUUCUAGUGACAAAGUUGUUUUUGUUGCGUCGCUGGAUUUUGAUUCCGUCUUCAAGAAACUUGGAUCUGGAGGUUUCAAGGAUGGUGACUCUGUUUCAGCUGGGAGCGGCGGCGGAGUUACCAAUUGUUAA